UUCACCGUGUCCUGGGGUUUCUUAUUAUACGGUCUUUACCGUAUUUUGUGUAUGUCCAGUAUAAAACUGUGAAAGCAGCUACAGUAACUUCUCCCAGGAUGCACAUGGAAGGGUCUAACAAGGAUAAGAAGAUCAUACAAGUUAGCACAUCUGCUCUGAUUGGUCUCAAGGCAGCUCUGUACAGUAAGCAACAGGCCGCCAAGAGAGACAAGACAAACAGUGCUCCUAGGAAUGACUCCCACACGAGAAAAGUGUCAGAUAAACAGACUGCAUCGCUUUGGAAACGGUCCAACAAGGUCAAAGGGCACAAAUCCUCUAAAAAACAAGCGAUAGAGGAAGUCCAGAAAGAACUGAGUCAGCAAGAAGAGAAAGAGCUAGAAAGAUCAAGGCAAGCCCUUGAGGCCAAGGCAGUAAUUUACGAAAAACUCAGUAAGGGUCAGGGGUUAGAGGAGGUCGAAGGUCAAGAGGGGGAGGAGUCUAGGUACAUGGUGGACUUUACCCGAAAGGUCUAUGACAGAGUACGGGACAAGAGAGCUGAAACAGCAAUUGAUCCUUCGCAAGUAUUGACAUCAGGGACAUCCCCUCCCAACGAGAGGUCACAGAAUUCACCAGUAGGGAAUUCCCCUUCACAGCAAGACGUGGAAGAGUGGGUUGAGUAUGAGGAUGAAUUUGGCCGCACCAGGAGAUGCCUCAAGAGUGAGCUCCCUGAGAAGACAGGAAAUGAGAGGUCCCCCACCCCCCAGCUGCUCUCGGACGACAUGAGACGGGAACGUGAGCGUGUCCAAUGGGAGAGAGAGACAGAACAGGAUGAACCACUUGGACCAAUUCACUACCAGUCAGUCCAGGAGGGGGAGAUUCGUAACCAUGGGGUCGGUUACUAUCAGUUCUCGGGCCAAGAGGAACAGAGGAAGAAACAGAUGGAAAUGCUCGACAAACUAAGAGACGAGACGGAGACUGAGAGAGAUAAGAAGCAGCGGCUGCACGAGAAAAGACGGGCACUGCUUGAGGCGAGACUGAACAAAGUCAAGGAGAAGAGAAACCAACGGAGGAGAGAACAGGGUCUUGCCGACAUCGAGUUUGAGAUUGAAGGCAGCAAAGAUUCGAAAGAAGGCAGUAAAGAGUCGGAAGAAGUCAGCAGUUAUGAUAUUAAGGCUCUCUUGGAUGCGGAGCUUGAGAAAUCAAAGGUCAAUUCUCACCUGGAGCAAGCACAGAUUGAGGAGGAGGAAAGAGCAAAACAUGUUCGUCCCUGGGACAAGGGGAAGGUUGUGGACAUGGUGAGAAAGAGGAAACAGGAACUAGAGGCUGAGCGACUAACUGAGUUUGCUCCGCCCCCUUCCUAUAAUGAACCUAUUAAAAAGCCCAAGACUGAAGACACCCCUAGAACUAAUGUGAACAGUGACUCUAUUCCUAGUGCUGUCAUUCCACCCCCAGCCAUGCCGAGUUGUCACGGCAACACUUUACCCCCUCACUCAUUUCUUCCCCCACCACCUUGGUUUGUCAAUCCACCCCCCAAUUUCAUUCCACCUCCACCGCCACCGUUUCUAUGGCAACAUUUAUAUGUCCCUCCACCCCCAAUGCAUUACCCCCCAGGACCACCACCAGGACCACCCCCAUCUGUAUCAACCCAUGCAACUGAUCAAUAAUAUAAUU